CUAGACGUUCUGUUUGUCUCAGCAUUAAGUCGCAACGCGGCCGCAACGCCAAAGGAAAAAUACAGGAGGACAUCGACACGAGACAAUUAUAUAUAUAUAUAAUUAUCUUGUUUCGAUGCCCUAUAUAUGCUCCACAGCCUUGGUUUGCCUGCUUAAAGGUCCGCCCGAGACGGCUCUGCUGACACAACUUUGCCGACAUGCAAGAAUGACAUGAGAUAUCCGUCCUGCAAAGCGUUUAGCUUGUUUUGCACCCGGGUAACGGACUGCUGAGCGGCCGAUUUCACCGAUAAAGCAAGAAUAAUGCGUUCAGCAAAGCAAACCUAUAUGCUCGAAACAUUUCACGGGGAGCUUUUACUCUGCGAGCGUCCGUGCAAAGGAACGAAUAACAGCUCUGAAACGGCGGCCACUGUUCGUAAAAGGAGGGCAGCUUGAAACGCUUCAUCCUUUGAAAUCUUUGUCAGCGCUCUUCAAAAGGACAUUCCAUGAGCGCGGAAAAUUCCACACGCUAUGUCCACGGCAUGAACCUCAACAACGCCUCCUGCACUCAACUCUUGGGGCCUUUUGACUGAAAAAGAGUUCACUUCCUGGAACCCCGGGUCGAAAGUGUGGACGCAGUCUGAGAGCAAGGGUUGGUCAUGACGUCUCAGGUCACAGGCUCCUCUGAGCCGGCUGGUAUGCGCAAUUACACCGGGACACGAAAAAAUGAGGAAGAAUCAGAAACGGUCAAUUUGUCUGCCGGACGGUACUCGAAGAGCAACACGCUGCAGCGAAGAUUCAACAUCCUCGUGCUGGACGUGUACCAAGAGAGGUUCAUCUCAAAGCCACGGGCAACGCACCAGGUCUUGGACGUGGGCUGCGGAACGGGCGACUUCACCCGUGACGUCAUUCUGCCCCGCUGCUUACCGUGCCGAAGGAUUGUAGGCGUGGACAGCUCUGGGGAGAUGAUCGAACAUGCCCGGCGGUACUCGGCCAGUGAGAAGCUGAACUUCAGGUUGCUGGACAUAUGCGACGAUGUCACCGACUUCUUGGAGGAAUUCGGGCGCUUUGACAGGGUCUACUCGUUCUUCUGCCUGCACUGGGCCCUGGACUUGGGCUCUGCUGUGAAGAAUGUGGCCAGGCUGAUGACCCAGAACGGCGAAUGUCUGCUAGUGUUCUAUGCCUCACACGAAGCGGUUCCAGUCUGGAGAGCACUGGCGAACAUGGAACGCUGGAAGAAGUACUCAGAUGUCUUGCUGAAAUUCGUACCGAAGAGCCAGGACAUGGGAAAAAAGGAGCAGAUUCACUUUUUGUCAAGACAUCUGGAAAAGGCCGGCUUGGUGCCCACUGUUCUCGAAGCCGUGAGGUCUGUUACAUAUGCCGGCAGCACUGAGAAGGAAACACUCGAUACUCAGAUGUGUGUGCUCCCGAUCGCCCAGUUGGUUCCGCACGAACAAAAGGCCCAGCUCCUGGCCGACGUCACGGAAGAAGUUCGGAGGGUGCAUGACCCACACGCUGACAAGGAACGCUACAGGAUGUACAUAGUGAUGGCGUCUAAGUAUCGCUGCUAGUUGAUGUACGUUAUUUACCACAACAAGUGUUUUUCUGUAAUGUUCGAAAAUCGACAUGUACGAUAUAGGAGCCCUUCAACUAGUUUUCUCUCUUGCUUUCUGUCUACAGCAUUGCGCAAUGCUCCCUCCUAACGUUUUCCUUCCUCCAUGCCAGGAAUUGGACCUUCACUCACGUGUCUUGCAGCGCAACACUUGUGUUGCUACAGAAAGCAACAGCGUGAAAAAAAAUGAAAAGCAACAAUGUAAGGCAACAAUGAGAUGUGGCAACGUGAAAUUAUAGGUGGCCUCGAUAAAAGAGCGGGGCCCGUAUUAACAAGAGGGUCUUACACUAAAAAUUUUCUGAACAUAAUAUUUCAGCCAAUCACGAUGGGGGACAUAUCAUUAACAAAGCCGGCCGACCGAUGGGAAAGCGCACCUACGAAAAGAAGAAGUUUUGUGAAUUCGACCCCAGAUUUCAACUUCAAUUUCAAAUUUGCCUUUAAAAACUAACCGGUUCUUGGCCAAUACCCCAGUGUGGGUAAGGGCCACAGCUUCUAGGGUCUACUCUACCCUACUCUACAAACCGGAAACGGCAGGCUACCGACGAGCCCACGAUCUAGAGAUUAUCAGUGAUUGAAAAACGGCGCAUACAAAUAGGCAUGUGACUUGCGCACCUUUGAGGUCCUAUUUGUGUACACCCGCAUUUCUGUACACUCGGCGGCGCCGGGUUCUUCGCGAACUAUGCUGCCGCCAUUGAAAUAUGUAACUCGUAGAAGUUUCGCUUAAAAUCUUUAUUGCCGAAACAAAACAUUACGACUCGUAGCUAUCGAUCAUUUCAGAUAUCAACGGGGCUUUCACCAAAGAUUCGGCAGAUCCCGCGUACCGUGGGAAUCGACGUAACGCGAAGCAUGCGGCGGGAAGGGGACUGUGGUGCAAUUCUUUACAUUGAGCGAGACGUUACGAAAUGACGCUAAAAAUAAGCGCAAAUGGUAUACGCAGAUACAUAUGUUGAAGAGUCGCACAUGUGUUAUAUAACCAGUUGUUUACAGUUGCGGGACGAUACCAACAGCAACAUAGGUGUUACGAACACGGAACGCGGUAAGCCGAUAUGUAGAGCUUAUACUUGUCCGUUGUUUCACGAACCCGUGUGCAUGUGUGGAGGGGGUUCUUCACAGUUCUCACGUAGAUGGUCGCGAGCGCAAUGUCUUUGUGAUUGUGAGUGAUGUGCGCAACGCAGACCUCGCCGAUUCCGCUGCUUGUCUGUAUGUGUUCGGUGUCUGGCGGCAAAGUGGAAUGCGGCCUACGUUGAAGUUGCGCGUCGCCGUGUUCUUAUAUGUGCCCAUGCCGCUACAUCUGCAAUGAAGCCGCUUGCCGUGGACGACACAUUGGAAUCCCGUAACUGCAGUGGGCCCAUCGCUACAGGUUUCAGAAAGUUCUAACACACCAGUUUCUGUGAGCAGAGAGUAUUUCUCGAGGUCGUGCACGUACGCGUGCACAGACUGUACGUUCGUAGCGGCGAGCAUCAGGUGAUUGUUGUGGUUGUGGCACCGAAUGAAGGUGGUAUAGCCCGGUGUACGCCUCAUUCACUGACUGAUUGGCGCUCAAAACCAACGCCGCCGACACCGACACCGCAUUUUCUGCAGCACGGACUUUUUAACGCCAUCGCGUUAAAACAUGAAGAAGUGUGCUGUAAUUAACUGAAGUGAUUACCUAAAGUAAGCUCACUCACAAUGUUCUGGUCAUCGGUGUGGCGAAUUUUCGAUUUUCUGUGCGUAAUAUGGCGCUGUGGCGAUGUCGUUGCAGCACUGGGCAUUCCUCUUCACCACAGUGUUUUCCGGAGCAUUCCUUUACUCACAGGAUGCCUGCAUUGCACACAUGUAUUAUUUGCAUUGUACUUUGAGGAACAUGGACUUAUUAGUCUUACGUGUACGAACCUCGAUGAUAGCUUUUUCCCGGGAGGUUGUGCGGCUCGGCGUGAACAGGCCCAUCGAGCCCUACUUACUUUCUUAAAAAAAUACCGAUAUGGCCUCGCGCUUAUAGACAUUUUUCUAUGUGACCACUUAUUCGUGUUUACGUCUGUGUUAUUAGUUUUCUCUUCCCUAUUUUUUCCCCUUUUCUUUCCCCCUAUCUUCCUUUCCUCUAUGCUCCCCUUUCUCAAAUGAGCAGGCAGGCGUAGUGCCCCUUUAGGUGGCAGUUGUCAGCCUGUUCCCUCCCUAUUUCCUCUGUGUCUUCGUGCUUUCUAUGUGUUCAAACCAAAUAAUAAUAAUAAUUGAGCAGGUGCGGUGUGCUGCCUGUUUAGGAGUACUUAGAGGAAUUCCAUUAAUGAACGUAGUUUGCAUAACGUUUGUCGAUCUGCCAGUGGUACCUCAUCUGCUGGCGUAGAGCAUGUUAGAGUAGGGGCUGAUCUAAUAUGUAGAACUGUAUUGCUCUGUUCAUGAAUGGUUUAUUUAAUCAUUUAUACUUUACAGUAUGAAUGAAUGAGUUUAUUUAUUUAUUUAUUUCCAGUACUGCCAUUCUCAGCUGACAGCAUGGCAGAUACAUGGGCGAAACGAAGUGAUAGAACAUGUUACAGACGUUACUGGGCCAUAGGCCUUUCAGACACAGCACACAAUGUGUAAGUAAACAUUGAAACAUCAAGAUAACUUGAAAGGAAAAAAAAAUGGCGACAUUUUGAAUACCUACUUCUCCUUAACGUUUGUGCUGUGUGUACGAAAGAAUUGUGUCUAAGAAAUAUUACCACAACUACUUUUGGAUGUAUUUUAAUGGAAGUUUUGUUUAUAUGUACGGAAGAAAUAAUUAUAAAGAAACGGCUCUCGGACGCAGUUGGGCGUUUUUUAGGAAAGGGGUCGGGGCUAGAUGAUUGCAUGGCGAUCAGCGUCUUUAUUAAACUGUACUUAUCAGUCUUUGGUGUUUCAUCUCAUGCGGAGAAUUGUACUCUUCGG